GAAUGAAGGAACACACCAUAGGAAGGAAAAAGAAAAACGAACACCUCCAGAGGCCAAAAAGAGCAACAGAGUCGAUCUGCCUGCCUCUGUGCCUGCUGUUUUUUUGCCCCUUUCCUUUCUUCUCCUUCAUCCCUCCCUGGCCUUCCCUUCCCUACCCUUCCCAACAAAAUUUCCUGUCUCAACCAAACCAACUUCUGCACAAAAUAGUACUUAACACAAUCCCCAUAUACAAGAAAGAAAGGGGGGAAAAAAGUAAAAAGACACCCAGAUUCGAUCAAGUUCUUCUUAACACAACCCUGCCCAAGUUCUUCUUCUCCUCCUUCUGCUGUGUCUCUUAGCUUACCACUCAGAUUCGAUCAAAUUGCUAAUAAUGGAGAAACCCUCAAACAUGUCGUUUCGAAAUGCGGCAUAGAGUUUCUUGGAGAGAUGGGGUGUGUUCUUGGGAGAGAGGUUUCAUCUAGCGUAGUGUCAGAGUCCAAAGAGGCUGCUGCUAAGAACAAUUUGAGUGCUCAAUCUAGCAGAAACUUGGAAGAAAAUAGUAAUGUCUCGGUGGCAAAGACCGAAAGUAAUGUCACCAUUGAGACAUCUCAAAAUGAGGAGAGCCAGAAGGAAGAUAAUAAAGUUGGUGGUGGCGAUAAUAAGAAGCCCAAAGGGGAGAGCAGAAGGAGGUCAAAACCGAAUCCUAGGUUGAGUAACCCGCCUAAGCAUUUGCACGGCGAGCAGGUGGCUGCUGGUUGGCCGCCUUGGUUGUCAGCAGUGUGUGGAGAGGCGCUCAAUGGUUGGAUACCGCGGCGUGCUGAUACUUUUGAGAAGAUCGAUAAGAUUGGUUCAGGAACAUAUAGCAAUGUGUAUAAAGCUAGAGACCUAUUGACUGGGAAAGUCGUCGCCCUAAAAAAGGUUCGUUUUGAUAAUUUGGAACCCGAGAGCGUGAAAUUCAUGGCUCGUGAGAUUCUGAUUCUUCGAAGGCUGGAUCACACGAACGUGGUGAAAUUGGAAGGUUUGGUUACUUCGAGAAUGUCAUGUAGUCUCUACCUGGUCUUUGAGUAUAUGGAUCAUGAUUUAGCUGGACUAGCAGCAAGCCCGGAUGUGAAGUUCACUGAACCACAGGUUAAAUGCUACAUGCACCAACUAUUAUCUGGGCUUGAGCACUGUCAUAAACGUGGGGUGCUUCAUCGGGAUAUCAAAGGAUCAAAUCUUUUGAUAGAUAAUGAAGGAGUGCUUCGGAUUGCUGAUUUUGGAUUGGCGAGCUUCUUUGAUCCCAACCGUAAGCAUCCUAUGACAAGCAGAGUGGUCACACUAUGGUAUCGGCCUCCUGAGCUUCUCCUUGGGGCUACUGAUUAUGGUGUGGGUGUCGACCUCUGGAGUGCAGGUUGUAUAUUAGCUGAGCUUUUGGCUGGAAAACCCAUUAUGCCGGGUCGUACUGAGGUAGAGCAGCUACAUAAGAUAUACAAGCUGUGUGGCUCGCCUUCAGAUGAAUACUGGAAAAAGUCAAAGCUGCCGAAUGCAACCUUAUUUAAACCCCGCGAGCCUUACAGAAGAUCUAUACGUGAGACGUUUAAAGAUUUCCCGCCGUCUUCUUUCCCCCUUAUUGAAACCCUCCUCGCCAUAGACCCAGCAGAACGCCAGACAGCCACAGCUGCCUUAAAAAGUGAAUUCUUUAUGACCGAACCUUAUGCUUGCGAACCUUCCAGUCUCCCCAAGUAUCCCCCGAGUAAGGAGAUUGAUGCAAAGCGACGUGAUGAUGAAGCUCGAAGGUGUAGAUUACGAGCUGCUGCUAAGGCCCAAGGUGACUCCACAAGGAAGCCACGGAUUCGUGAUAGGGCUGCCAGGGGAGGAGUGCCUGCUCCAGAAGCCAAUGCCGAACUUCAAUCCAAUAUUGACAGGAGGCGUCUAAUAACUCAUGCGAAUGCAAAGAGCAAGAGCGAGAAGUUCCCUCCCCCUCACCAGGAUGGUGCGGUCGGCUAUCCUUUGGGAGCAUCCCAUCACAUCGACCCAUCGGUCGUCCCUCCCGACAUCCCCUUCAGCACCACAACAUUCAAUUACUCAAAGGAACCAGUUCAAACCUGGUCAGGACCAUUGGGAGAGUCUACUGGCACAGGCAGUCAUAGGCAUAAGAAGCAUGGGGAUGGACGAGAAUUUUCAAAGUUCGGAACAAGUCACCGGAGAGACAUGAAUGGAGAUACUAGGUCAAAAGCAAAGAGGAGCGUGGUUUGAAUAUCAAGCUAAUUGAAUGGUGCAUAGGCGUGCAUAGGCAAUUUGAUCGGCGUACAUGGAAUGGAAGAGUCCCUUUUUGUUAGCUUUGGCUUUCUUCACAGUUACUUGCAAGGCAAGCAAAAAUUGGGGUUGGUUGAAAGUUUAUUAUUCUGGAAAAGUCAAAUUAGUAUACUUGUUUUCUUCUUUUUGCAAAUUCUAAGGGGGUGGGGUUCUUUUUUAGGGUUACUUGCCUACUACUUGAGAUUGUGUUUGCAAAUUGGGGUUGUUUUUUUUUUCUUUUUUGCUUUUUUUUUUCAUGUGUUUAAGAUUAUGAGAAACUUCCAUUAUUGUGUAUAAUUUGAUAAUUUUUUCUAGGGUCAUAAUUCUCUGAUUUGGUACCAAAUUUAUAUGUUGAGAUUAGUGAAAAGAUAUCAAUAAAUUACAAGUACUCCCUUUUGUAUCCUUAGCUCAUGAUUGUAUUUGCUAAUUGCUCC